AUGGUAGACAGAGAUCCAGGCACACCCACCUGGAAGUUUACACAAUGCUUUGGCGAUAAAGGCGAUGUAGAAGAUAUUACAGAAGCGGACAUCAUCUCCACUGUCGAAUUCGACCACACCGGUAACUACUUGGCCACUGGAGACAAGGGUGGACGUGUGGUGCUGUUCGAGCGAAACGAGACGAAAAAAACCUGUGAAUAUAAGUUCCACACCGAGUUCCAGUCACAUGAGCCGGAGUUUGAUUAUCUCAAAUCGCUAGAGAUCGAAGAGAAGAUCAACAAGAUUAAAUGGUGCCGACGACAGAAUGCAUCCCACUUCCUCCUUUCGACGAAUGACAAGACGAUAAAGCUUUGGAAGGUCUUUGACAAGUCGCUGAAGGUGGUCGCAGAGAACAACCUAUCAAAUGAACUCACUCCGGCGAGCGCGGUCGGGGGCGGUGGUAUGCCUCGUGCACCCCGCGUCUCCUUCAAGGACCCCGCGGCUCUCAAGUUGCCUCGUUUGACACACCACGAUACCGUGGUCGCUGCUGUUCCACGGAGAACAUACGCCAAUGCCCACGCCUAUCAUAUAAAUAGCAUUUCCGUCAACAGUGAUGGCGAAACCUUUAUCAGCAGUGAUGACCUCCGAGUGAACUUGUGGAAUCUCAACAUUCAGGACCAGAGCUUCAACAUUGUGGAUAUCAAGCCGGCAAACAUGGAGGAACUCACCGAGGUCAUCACAGCGGCCGAAUUCCACCCAGUCAGCUGUAACUGGUUCAUGUACGCCAGCUCCAAGGGUACCAUCAAGCUUGCUGAUAUGCGGCAACGGGCAUUGUGUGAUGAGCACGCCAAGUUGUUCGAACAAGAAGAAGAUGCCUCCUCCCGUUCUUUCUUCUCCGAGAUCAUUUCCUCCAUUUCCGACGUGCGAUUCUCCAAUGACGGCCGAUACAUCGUGUCCAGGGACUACCUGACGGUGAAGAUUUGGGACGUGAACAUGGAGCGACAGCCAGUCAAGACUAUCCCCAUCCACGAGCACCUCCGCCCCCGCCUCUGCGACACCUACGAGAACGACAGCAUCUUUGACAAGUUCGAGGUGGUCUUUUCUGGUGACGCCGAUAACGUCAUGACCGGAAGUUACAACAACAAUUUCAUGAUUUACCCUACAGAAGAACAGAAGGAUACGGAGAUUGUGCUACAGGCGGACAAGUCGGCAUUCAAGGCAAAGAAGGUUGGUGUACCGACACCUAUGAACAAGGGUAACGGAAAGAAGGCCGGUUCGCGGUCCGGAAGCCCUGCUGGCCCCGGCAGUCGGAUGAAGAAGGAAACCGAUGCCGACCAGAUCGAUUUCAACAAGAAGAUCUUGCACAUGAGCUGGCACCCAUUCGAGGACAGCAUUGCCAUUGCGGCGACGAACAAUCUCUUUGUUUUCUCCGCUCUCUAA